AUGCUUGAUGGGGGACUCUGCCUUCUGCAGCCGGUCACGGAGGCCCCAGCAGCAGCAGCAGCAGCAGCAGCAGCAGCAGCAGCAGCAGCAGCAGGCCGCGUGCUGCAGCAGCUGAAACCCCACAGCAAAGCCAUUGUUGGCUGCGAGUUUUCCUUUGAAGGAGACAGACUCGCAAGUGUCUCCAGAGAUGGAUCUGUUGCAGUGUACCUACAGCAGCAAGACUCCCCAGACUCCUUUGAACUUGUCUUCCAUUACAAUCUCCCGAACAGCGUUUGCAGCUGUCUUUGCUUCUUCCCCAGCAGCAGCAGCAGCAGCAGCAGCAGCAGCAGCAGCAGCAGCAGCAGCAGCAGCAGGUGCAGCAGCAGCAAAGUUGCCAUUGCGCUGCACGAGUCCUCUGUAAUUGCUGCCUUCGAUGUCGUGGAGCUGCAGCGAGCUGCUGAGGUUUUUUUCAUAGACGAUUUGGGCUGCUACGCGCAGCAGCAGCAGCAGAAGCAGCACCAGCUGCUGCAGCAGCAGCUGCAGCAGCAGCAGCAGCAGCAGAAGUGUGGGGUCUCCGUGCUGCGCAUGGUCUGCGAAAGACGAAAGGGCUGGCUCUGCGCCUGCCUCAGCACUGGCAUAGUAAUAAUAUUCUCCGUAAAGACCCAGAGACAAGUGCUGCGGCUGCAUGUGCCGGACGUGGACUUCUACUCAACGCCUGCGAUGGCCCUCAGCCCCGAAGGCCGUUACCUUUAUGUGUCGACUCAGCGGGUUGGCGGAGCUGAAAUCAUAGCUUAUACGCUGCCCGAAGCAGCAGCAGCAGAAGCAGCAGCAGCAGCAGCAAGAGAGCCUGCUGUGGUAACUGCAUCUGCUGCUGCUGCAGUGCUGCGAGGGCCCCUGCAGCAAAUCAAAGGCCUCGCCUGCCACAGCAACUUGCGCAUGCUAGCUGCUGUGGGGCUGGACAAAGCAGUAUACCUCUUCUCCUAA